CUCGAGCUUGGGAGACGCGCAUGGAGGCGUUGGCUUGCGGGUUUGGCCAAGGGAAGGUCCCAGUCGCGGUGAGGUGCUAUUUUUCAGGCGUGAGCUCGCCGAAAUCAGGCCUGCGACGUGCUGGUGCGGGGUGAGCGGACUUGGUUCACAGAGGCUCGUGAGCUCAGUGGGACUGAGGCUUGUGAACGGCGGAUGCGGGCCGUGGGUGACGUGGACGAGCUGGGGAGGAGCUGUUAAUGAGUUGCCAGCUACGAGCUGCAGUUGUUGGGAACUCGCCAGAAAAUGGGCCGACGCACGGAUGAGGUCGCGAGCUCGCUGGAAAAGCAAGCGCGGGGCUCGCGACCGUGCUGGAAACGGCAC